CGCACCAAGUCUCGGGCGUGGGCGGGUGCGGCGCCGCCUCCUCGCGGGUUCCGUUAGGUGGGGACUGGUGGCCGUUCGCCCGCAGACGUUGUCCGGGAGCCGCCGACCAUGGAUGACAAAAAGAAAGUCACAGCACCCCUUAUCUAUGCUGUUUGCAUUGCUGCCAUUGGCUCUCUUCAGUUUGGGUACAAUACUGGUGUCAUCAAUGCACCUGAGAAGAUCAUCCGGGCGUUCUUCAACAAAACCCUGUCAGAUAGGAGUGGGAGGGCUGUCUCCCAAGAGCUCCUCACCUCCCUGUGGUCCCUUUCUGUGGCCAUCUUCUCAGUAGGAGGUAUGAUCGGCUCCUUCUCAGUCAGCGUGUUUGUCAACAGAUUUGGCAGGAGGAACUCCAUGCUACUGGUGAAUGUCUUGGCCUUUGCUGGUGGCCUUCUCAUGGCCUUCUCUAAGGCGGCAAAGGCAGUGGAGAUGCUGAUUAUUGGCCGCUUCAUUAUUGGCGUCUUCUGUGGUCUCUGCACCGGCUUUGUGCCCAUGUACAUCAGUGAGGUCUCACCCACCAGUGUCCGUGGAGCUUUUGGCACCCUCAACCAGCUGGGCAUUGUUGUGGGCAUCCUGGUGGCUCAGAUAUUUGGCCUGGAGGGAAUCAUGGGGACUGAAGCACUUUGGCCACUGCUUCUGGGGUUCACAGUCCUCCCAGCAAUCCUGCAGUGUGUGGGUCUUCUUUUCUGCCCUGAGAGCCCCCGUUUCCUAUUGAUCAACAAGAUGGAAGAAGAGAAAGCACAAGCAGUUCUCCAGAAGCUCCGUGGUACACAAGAUGUGUCUCAAGACAUCCAGGAGAUGAAAGAAGAAAGUGCUAAAAUGUCCCAAGAAAAAAAAGCCACUGUGCCGGAGCUCUUCCGUUCUCCAAACUAUCGUCAAGCCAUUAUCAUUGCCAUCAUGCUGCAGCUCUCCCAACAGCUCUCAGGCAUCAAUGCUGUAUUCUAUUAUUCAACUGGGAUUUUUGAAAGAGCUGGUAUCAAACAGCCUGUGUAUGCCACCAUUGGAGCUGGCGUGGUGAACACGGUCUUCACUGUUGUGUCGCUCUUCCUGGUGGAGCGUGCAGGGCGCAGGACCCUCCAUUUAGUUGGUUUGGCUGGCAUGGCUGUGUGUGCUGCUGUUAUGACUGUUGGUUUAGCUCUGAAGGACAUUUUGGAAUGGAUCAAAUAUAUCAGCAUUGUUGCCACUUUUGGCUUUGUGGCUCUUUUUGAGAUUGGCCCUGGCCCUAUCCCAUGGUUCAUUGUGGCAGAACUCUUCAGCCAGGGCCCACGGCCCGCAGCCAUGGCAGUGGCUGGGUGUUCCAAUUGGACCUCCAAUUUCUUGGUGGGAAUGCUCUUCCCCUAUGCAGAGAAACUGUGUGGCUCCUAUGUCUUCCUCAUCUUCCUCGUUUUCCUGGUCAUCUUCUUUGUCUUCACAUUCUUCAAAGUGCCGGAGACCAAGGGCAGGACUUUUGAAGACAUCUCCAGGGGCUUUGAAGGACGAGCAGCAUCCAACCCUACAUCCCCUUUAGAGAAGAACCCCAUGGUGGAGCUGAACAGCAUACGACCUAACAAAGAAGUUGCCUAAGAUUUGUGAAACACCCAUUCUUCAACUCUCACAUGCCUAAAGAGUCAUUAAAGGAAUGAGCAAAGAAAA